GGAAGGGAGCCUCGGUUAUACAUAGACAUACACACACACACGCUGGCAAUUCCCUUUCAUUCAGUGGCUGCUUCCUGAAAGAAUGAGAGACCGGAGGUGGAGGACGCAUCUCCGAUGACGUCACCAGAGGGCGACAGAUCCUCCUCCUGGGAACAAUGGCUGAAGCUGCGGAAUCUCGUACGGAGAAUGCUGUUCUUCCGCCCGCUGUAUCUUCUCCGUCUCCCGCGGAGGAGUCCUCUAUCCUCGCCGCGGAAUUAGCCGAGGGGCAAGAGAAGGCUCCUGUGGUGGUGAAGGAGGAGGCGCAGGUUCGAGAGAUUAAAACAGAGUAUGAAGAAACAGAGGAGUCUACUUCACAGCCUUGUGCAGCCAAGAAAAUAAAAAUAGAGAUAAAGGAGAAAAAAGAGAAAAAACAUAAAGUAGAUGAAGAUGAGAUUCAAAAAAUGCAAAUUCUUGUUUCCUCUUUCUCUGAAGAACAACUAAAUCGUUACGAGAUGUAUCGCCGGUCAGCUUUUCCUAAGGCUGCUAUUAAACGGCUGAUCCAGUCAAUUACUGGAACCUCUGUCUCUCAGAAUGUAGUUAUCGCCAUGUCAGGAAUUUCCAAAGUCUUUGUUGGAGAGGUAGUAGAAGAAGCACUAGAUGUAUGUGAAAAGUGGGGAGAAUCACCCCCUCUGCAGCCCAAACACAUGCGUGAAGCAGUCAGACGAUUGAAGUCACGAGGGCAGAUCCCAAAUUCAAAAUACAAAAAAAUUAUUUUUCACUGAAGAGGAGAUUGGUGAAGAGUCUUCAGUGGGAUGAAGAUCAUUCACCUUUGAAUAAGUGUAAAUAACUUUUGCAAAUGGUGGCUUCAGAUUGCUUAAAGCCAUCUAAACGUAUAUGAUCUUACUGGGGGAAACAUUUAAUAAAUUACUUAUGAAAUUCUAGGUCAUUCUGAUAGAAGUUAUACUGCAUGCUAUAUUUGGACUGAGUACAGAAACAUUUAAGUAUGCAGUCAAUAAACUGUAUAAAACAUUGCUAUCGUAAGUUUAUACUUAUUGAACAUAAUCAAAUACCUUUUGGAGAGAACAAAGGCAACUAAAUAAGAAAAUUCUUGUUGCUAAGAAUGAAAUGUAAUGGCAAUCAUCUCUAAUAAAGGAACUACUUUUAAAUAUGUUUUUCUUGAGACUAAUGUUCGAUUCUGCAUCCAGUUCUCUGAUAUUAAACUUACAAGUUGUGUGAAAUAUAAGACCUGGUCAACGCAAAACUCCUAGAGUGUGCCAUAAUCAAAUCGAGCAGGCAGGCGCAGCUCCAAAAACCAAUAAAGAGCUACCUAAAGUAAUGGAUGCAGUUGUAUAAUGACUUUGCCUUUGAUGUUUUCUAAUAAAGGUGGGACAAAUAUG